UUUUCUUUUUAUUUAGAAGAAAAGGUUUCGGUGGAUCUGUAACGAUAUAAAACUGAUAUCCAAUUUCGAAGGAGUGCGUUCCAAAGGAGAUUUUAUUAAAAAAAAUUAUCGGACUAUUUAAUAGAAAACGCAUCCUUUGAAAUCAUUCUUUCAAUUCAUGAAUGUGAAUACAUAACGUUUUCCGGGUUUUAUCUAUUCUUUUCCGCCUGAGCCCUAUCUUUUUUCGUGCUAACUGCUUUAAACACUAAACGAGCAUGACCUUGGGCCGUGUACCUAGAUUUUUGCACGUGACGCUAUUUACAAUUCUUGCUACAUUUAUUUCGAGGAAAACUACGGACGAAAACAAGUUUUUAUGUUUUUGUUUUAAAUGUAGUCUGCAUAUUACGUCCCCGACUCUUAUACAAGAACGAUUUUCCGUCUUUUUUUUUUUAAGAGCAAAUAAAUCUAAAAAGUUCCAUGGAUUUUUUUAAAUUUUAUCUGUAUUGUAAGCAAAUGCUUCAGUCGGGUUUAAUUGUGCGCCAUUAUUGCACACUUAAAUCCGAAGCAAUAAUAAAUUGAUACAAUAAAACAAAACUCAGUACGAUCGUUCUCAGAAAGUCUGCCUUCCAUUUAUAUUACGAUCAAUACAUGUGUAAUAAAACUAAUAAUAUAACAGCAGUAAAAUCCAGUUUACAUUUAAUAUAAAAAGGGUUAACCGUAGUAAUACCUAUAAUUUUUUUUUUAUUGCUUCGUUGGGUGGACGAGCUCACAGCCCACCUGGUGUUAAGUGGUUACUGGAGCCCAUAGACAUCCACAACGUAAAUGCGCCACCCACCUUGAGAUAUAAGUUCUAAAAUCUUAGUAAUUUACGCAUUACUGCUUCACGGCAGAAAUAAGCGGGGCGGUGGUACCUACCCGUGCGGACUCACAAGAGGUCCUACCACCAGUAAUUACGCAAAUUAUAAUUUUGCGGGUUUCAUUUUUAUUACACGAUGUUAUUCCUUCACCGUGGAAGUCAAUCGUGAACAUUUGUUGAGUACGUAUUUCAUUAGAAAAAUUGGUACCCGUCUGAGAUUCAAACACCGGUGCAUCGCUCAACACGAAUGCACCGGACGUCUUAUCCUUUAGGCCACGACGACUUCAAAAUGUAAAUUAUAUAUGUAAAUUACCAUAAUAUAUUCACAGUUUCUGUAUUCGCGGAAUAUUUACGGAACAUUACCUACUCCGCGAAUAAAGAGUUAAAAAUAAAAUCGGUGUGGUUUUCACUGGGCGAAACAAAUUGAUUCGUGUCAUAACAUAACUUAGGUUUCAAUAAAACCGCGCGCUCCUUUUAUAGUAUUAGAUAUUAGAAGAUACAUAGCAUAUAAUAUUAUUAAGAUAGCUAAAUAGCUUAGGUUUUCGGUUACCAUGUCUUAACCAAAAAAAACAAGGAACCAAUCUUAGGGGUAUUCGCUUUGGAAAUAUGAGCCCUGCGGAAAAAAAGUAGGUAAGAGUAUUUUUAUUUAUUUAUUUUCCUUACCAUAGUACCAUUUUGUGAAUUUCAAAUUAUUUUAGUUUUCCGUAUUCACUAUCUACUCAUUAGUUGUGUUAUUGGUGAAAACUUGUUUGAUUUUUGUUUACCUAUCUUAAAUACACUAUUUUGAUAUGUUAUAUAAAUAUACUCUUCGUUUCCUAAAUAAACAAAUGAAUAAAAAUAUUAAAUGUACAACGAAUCAGACAGAUUUAGCUUGAAGUGUCUACAGCAGGUAUAAGAAAACGGAAAAAUCAAAUUACACAUAAUAUUUCCGUUGCAAAAUAAUUUAGGCGUCUGCUGUAUUAUCUUGGAUACGACACGUGCAAGGAAUAACAUUGCGAAUCACAUUUAGCUAAAGCUGAGUUACAAUAUUGUUCCUUGCAUUUGACGAUUAAAAAAAAAAAGAUGAGUAGGUAGGUACGUGUCGUUAAAAUGACUGGCAAGCGUUAAACAAAGCAAGGUGAUCACCCUAUCGUAUUUUUUGUAGAUGACUCAUUCUAAGGGCGUUAACUUCUACGUCGUAGACAAAAUACGCACUAACCCGAGUUCGUAGACCUUUCAACUUUCAAACAUAAAAAAAAAAUCGAAUCUACAGUCCCAAAAACAAACAAAAAAACAUUUCAUUUCAAACAUCAAAUUACGUGUUUAGAAUUGUUAUUUAUUAACCACAAUCUUAAUAAAUUUAAUUAAUAAACAACUCGGAAAUUAACGUCACACGUUAAUAACAUACAUAACCAAUACAUUAAUGGUGUCAAAACAUCAAACGUAAAAGUCGAUCGAAACAAAGAAUUUGGUAACGCGCAAAUUUCUAAAACUGAAUAUUCAGUGCGAAAAUGUAACAAACAAUGUUACGGAACGCGAACGUACGUACGAAAAAAAAAUAUUACCCAAUUUAAGUAAACCAAGAAAAAUAUCUAAGAAAUUACGCCAUUACAAAAUUACUAAACAGUACCGAAAACCUGUGUCAAUCGAUUCCUUGGUUCAUAGGAAAUCUGAAAAAAAAAAAACCUUUAGCUUUACCGUACACAUGACUCAAUCGCGAAUUAGCUAAAAAAAAUCGGACACUACAUUGAGUCAAUAACGCCGCCAACUAAAGUGAUUACACACAACAGGGCAAGUUACGUAAAUACACACACUAAUACAUAAACGCACACGAGCACAGUUAAACGCACACAUAGCAAGACUGUGAAUGUGUGAGUGCUGCAGGCCGGGUCUCCGAGGACCCCACUACAAAAUUUAGUCGCACUCCAGACAGCGCAAAGUGUAGACGUGUCCAAGCAAUUGGAACAACGCAACGCCAUUCGCAUUGGAUAUUUCGUCAUAACAACAUUGUGACAGUGAAUUUACAUUUAUAUUUUUUCUGGACGUGAAAAGUGGGAGUGAAAUUUGACAUUUUUAAAUUUUGAAACUGUGAUCUUGACCGUUGAGCGGUUGUGAUUUUUGUUUUUUUUUUUGUGGAUUUUUGACAAUUCGACCGCCAUUUGGAUAAUUCCAGCAAAGGAGUUCUCAAACACCGCAAAUAUUUUUAACCACAGUGAGGAUUCGUGCGGACCAGUCACAGUCCGCCGAAACAUGGUUGCCGAGUUCAUCCUGAGCCAGCAACAGCUGCUGAGCGCAGGGGCCGGUGCAGCCCUAGGGCCCGCCCCAGUGCAGACCCGCGCUCCUCCACCACCGCGCGCUCGUCUCUCCGUCUCGCCGCAUUUCCCGAUGGACCAAGCCCCGCCUUCCAACGGCAGCAGCGGCGACAGCCACGACUACGGAGCCUUCGACUUCAAACGCAAAGACUUCUUCGGGCAACGCAAACAACGCGAGUUCAUACCGGACAGCAAAAAGGACGACGGCUACUGGGACCGCAGGAGGCGCAACAACGAGGCAGCCAAGCGGUCUCGCGAAAAACGCCGCUUCAACGACAUGGUCCUGGAACAGCGCGUCGUCGAACUCUCGAAGGAAAACCACGUCCUCAAAGCACAAUUAGACGCCAUAAAAGAAAAAUACGGAAUAUGUGGAGAAAGCUUGAUAAGCAUAGACCAAGUCUUAGCCACCUUGCCAACGUGUGAUCAAGUUCUAUGUGUGACAAAGAGGAGUAAACUUUCAGGCACAGCCUUGUUUCCGGCCGCUCCUCCUCCGCCCCCGCCGGCUCCACCAGCUUCUCCCCCGUCUCCCCCACCACAACGCGCCCCAGAGCCAUACCAAGAAAGGAUUCCCGUACCCGAAGCAUACUACCCCCACCCUGCCCACUACGAACCACCCGGUUCAGUUCUCAACUUGUCCAGAUCUCGACGUGCCCCGUCUCCUUAUGAGCUAUCUUCCUUAUCUGGAUCCGGAGACGAGACCGCCGAGCAGUACGCCCCAGAAAACAACUGCCUUCCUUUGAAACUGCGCCACAAAUCUCACCUCGGCGACAAGGACGUCGCUAGCGCUCUGCUAUCCCUCCAGCACAUAAAGCAGGAGCCGGGGCCCAGGUCGUCCCCCUCCUGGGACGGCGAGGGUUCUAGCGACGAGCGCGACUCCGGGAUCUCACUAGGAGCAGAAUACAGACCGCAACCGGAAAGGCAUCCGGAGGAGGAGGACGCGCAUUUGAAGGCUGAGCUGGCACGGCUGGCCACAGAGGUGGCGACGCUCAAGAACAUGAUGCACCAGAACAAAACCCGCGCGCACGAGCACUGAGCGCGCCGGCCGCCGCCCUCACCCGCCUCGCCGCCCUCGCCGCUCUUCGGCUGACCAAGUUACCACGUUGUAAAGAGAUGUUAUAUUGUAUGAUAUCGUGCAGCUGUAAUCGGCUAAGCCGUCUCGCCUAUCGUAACCCUUCCUAGUAGUUGUAUGUCAUACUCGUAGAAUAAGGACGCGCGUACCUCCAAUGACGCCCGAUCCUCACACUACACACUUUUCGAGCAGAUAAAACGUAUCUACUCAGUGAUAGAAUUAAAAAUGCAUUUUUUAGUGAUGAGAUAUGUAUAUGUAAUAUAAGUUAUAGAAGUAGAUCUGUUUCAUCUAUUCGAAGAUUCGAUAGUGAAAAACGAUGGCUAAAGACUAUUUCUCUUCUAAGUUAUAGCUUGUAAGAUCUAAUUAAGUCCCACUUAGUUUGUUAUUUAUGGAUAUAAAUAUGUAUAUAUCUCGAACCGAGAAAUCCGUUAAGUUCCAAACCAAAAAAAAAAGAUCCUCUGAGUCGAUGGAAUCGCGAUGUAUUUAAGAUGUAAACCCAUUAUCACGUCAACAGAUUGUAUUUAAUAUUCAGUAUAAGUAUACCAGUGCCUUUGUCAAUACAUACAUACCUUUAUACUAAUAGCUACCUAAAGGAAAUAUUUUUGUACAUUUAUAAUAAGAAAGAUGCGAUUUCAUUCAUUAUUUAUCAUUGUCAAGUCAAUCCUUAACACGUGUCGCCGAAUCAGACGAACUCGAUACGAAAAAUGGUUUUAGAUUUUGUAAAUAGUUAAACGUGUGUUGGCUAUCGAGUUAGGAUGUGACUGCGAAACAUGAUAGGGUAUAUACAAAAACAUUAAAUGUCGAAUCCUAAGAAGGCUAGUUGAGUAUUUCAGUAUAUGUUCCGUAGUAUUGCCCUAUAGGGCAUGUGAUAGGACUGAAGGGAAGUAUGUAACUAAGUAUUUAAUUUAUUGUUCGGACCGUGAAGGAGGAUUUUACAAUUUAUUAUCUUUGUAUAAGAAAAACUACGAUAUGAAUAAAUUGUGUACAUUAAAAAACUUA